AUGACAGGUCGCAGUUGGAGCCCCGUUGGGGCUCGUCGGAGGGGACUGAAGUCGUUCACCGCGCGGAUGACACUUCGGUUCCUUGUAAUUGCUUCCAUCGUCGCCAUGUAUCAUUUGUUGGACCUUCAUUUCCGCUAUCGAGAGGACCUGAAAGUCAAGUAUCUCCCGACAAAGUUCGCACCCCUUGCGGAUCACGACGAGGCAAUACUUUCAAGCACCGGAUGGGAAGUCAAUUCCGAUACCACAAGUGCUGCACGUGGCAUCUUACUGGACAACCGGCGCCAUUGGAAGAAGCUUGGAAAAGGCAGAGAGGGUGAAACGUUCACGUUUAACAAUACUGUCAUCAAAGUCUACAAUGAGGAAACCAGUCCUUUUCGAAAUUGCAUUCAAGGAACAGACGCGUCUGCGAGAAGAUGGCCCACAGAGAUCCCUGCGAGUCUGAUCAUGGGCGGACACGAUGACGGCUCGACAUUGCUGGACGAUGAGCGAUACAGAGAACACUUCGUCCCUGUCCAAGACUACUUCUUAGCUGCCACGGAACCGUCAGGGGCUCCAAAGUGGCACCUUGUCUCGCCGUUUCUCAAGUCAGGCACCCUCAAAAACCUGGCAAAGAAGUUGCGUAGGUCUGGCGACCGACACUCGUAUCGUGAGCUUGAUCAAAUGUUUAGACCAUCUUUCGAGUCUCUUCUCUCAGCACUCGAUAGCUUACACAUGACGCACGACCUGUGUCACGACGACGUCAAGCUAGACAACAUCUUCGUAACAUCCGAGCACGAUCCUAGAAAGUGGAAAUUCGGCGACCUCGGCAACGCCCGCGAGCCCGAUCACCCAUAUCACUACACGCCGCUGUGGACUGCGGACACGCCUCAGCUUCGCGACUGUCGCGCCAACGAUGCGCUGCGCCUGACGAAGGUGUACUUCCAAUUCCUUCGCGCCUCGAGCGGGAACCCCGACGCGUUUGAUGAAGCUUUGAUCGGCGGCGUUGAUACACUGAGCAGAUUCUACUGGGUGGUUGCCCGCUCCCCGAUGCCAGUCUCGGCGGCGCAAGUUUGGCAGCUCUCGGCUGUUUACCCACCCCAAAUGGUUGGUGAGAAGACGCCGUGGAUGACGAUGCAGCCUGCGCAAGUUGACUUUUCCCGCGGCUGGGCGCCAACGACCGAGGCCUUCCUUGGUUGGAAGGGGUCCUUGAGAAGUGCCGUGAAAAAGGAGCUGAGGGUUGGAGCCAAGGAGAGCAUGGGUAGACUUUUCGGGUUGACCAGAUUGUUGGGAAUCCCAGUCAAAGCUUGUCAGGCUGCCUAA